UGUACAUUGUAAACUAUUCAUAAUUGUAUUUUCAGACUGAAUAUGCAGAACGGAACAGAGAAAUAUGACAAAGUGGCAAUUUUGGACGCAGGGACUCAGUUUGCCCAGCUGAUUGAUCGUUGUGUACGUGAGCGGAAUAUGUACAGUGAACUCCUUCCCCUGGAAACCUCCGUGUACAAACUGAGGGAGGAGGGAUUCAAGGCUGUUAUUAUAACUGGAGGACCGAGCUCUGUGAAUAAUAUUGAUGCUCCGAGCUAUGAUGCGGAUAUAUUCCGAGCAGAUCUUCCUGUUCUAGGAAUAUGCUACGGGAUGCAGAUGCUGAACAAGGAGUUUAACGGAACCGUGGUAAAGAAGGAUGGUCGUGAGGACUCCGCCUUGUCGAUCGAGGUUGACGAGACGAGUCCCCUGUUCAAGGGACUAGACAGGGUCCAGCAGGUUCUUCUUACACACGGAGACUCCGUAGAGAAGGUUGGAGAGGGGCUUAAGGUGAUCGGACGGUCAAACAACUGCGUAGCUGCUGUGUCCAAUGAGAAGCUGAGACUCUACGGAGUGCAGUUCCACCCUGAGGUGAAGCUGACGACCAACGGAGUGAAGAUGAUUGAGAACUUCCUGAUGGGGGUCUGCGGGUUGACCGGGAACUUCGAGCUGCCAUGUAGGAUAUCCUCGUGUGUGCAGGAUAUUCAGAAUAUUGUUGGGAAUAAGAAGGUUAUUCUUCUAAUCUCAGGUGGAGUUGACAGCAGUGUGUGUGCUGCCCUGCUAAAGAAAGCAUUAAGACCUGAUCAGAUUGUUGCUCUGCAUAUAGACAAUGGUUUCAUGAGGAUGAAGGAGUCGGAGAAGGUGCUGGAGUCCCUCCAGGUUCUAGAGAUGAACGUGGAGUUGGAGAAGGCAUCGCAAGAGUUCUACUUCUCCUCCACCACCCUGGAGAACGGAACAAGAACAGAGUUACUCAACCGGACGACGGACCCGGAGGUGAAACGCAAAAUAAUCGGUGACACUUUUAUUCACGUGGCCGAGCGGAGAAUCAAUCAGAUGAAUUUGGAUGAUGAUCAGGUUCUCCUGUGUCAGGGAACCCUUCGUCCUGAUUUAAUUGAGUCUGCAAGUCAUCUAGCAACUGCUGGAGGACUAGCAAGUACCAUCAAGACCCAUCACAACGACACAGGGUUGGUUCGGAAGCUGAGAGCUGAUAAUAAGGUCGUAGAACCAUUGAAGGACUUCCACAAGGACGAGGUUAGGGCUAUAGGUCGAAAACUAGGACUACCAGAGAACCUGGUCACCCGGCGACCUUACCCUGGUCCUGGUCUAGCCAUCAGGGUGAUCUGCGCCACCACACCACACCUGGAUGUAGACUUUGGAGAGAUAGAGGUGGUGGCAAAGGUUGUGGUUCAAUACCAACAGAUGGCAGCCAACAACCACGCUCUUCUUAACAGGAUCGACAACAGUACUUCAGAAGCUGAUCGACAGCUGUUAAGCCAUGCCUCUGGUAAACAGAGAUACAACGCCACCUUGCUUCCUAUCCGUACAGUCGGAGUGCAGGGAGACCACAGAUCCUACAGUUACUGUGUUGGAAUCUCCUGUGAAGGGGAACCCAUUUGGGAGGAUCUUAAAAUAUUUUCGCGGAUUAUUACUCAGGUGUGUCAUGGGAUCAAUCGGGUUGUAUUCAUCUUUGGACCUAUUGUUCAGAAUCCUGUUCAUGAUAUUACACGAACCACUCUCACUCCCCAGGUCCUGUCGAUCGUGCGUCAAGCGGAUCAUGUGGCGAACAAGGUCCUGUCUUCCUCCAGUGCCUCCGGCAACAUCAGCCAGAUGCCCGUGGUCCUCCUUCCCGUUCACAUGGACCGGUCACCGUUAAAACCGGUUCCGAGCGUUGCCCGAGCAAUCGUCCUCCGACCGUUCAUUACGGAGGAUUUUAUGACUGGGGAGUUUGCAGUGCCUGGGAGGGAUAUUCCUCUGGAUAUUGUUCAGAAAAUGGUUUCGGAGAUACUGAGUGUAGACGGAGUUUCCAGAGUAAUGUACGAUAUCACAAACAAACCUCCGGGAACAACGGAGUGGGAGUAAUUUAAGAAAUAAUUCAUUUCAGAAUAUUCAUUCGGAGUUAUAAAAUACAUUUGCUUUUUUCUGUACCUGCAUGUAUUAUUGAAUUUAGAAAGGUGCAUUUUUUGUUUGACUUUUUGUACCAUACAUGUAUUAUGUUGUACUUCGUAUUUUGUACUUAAUACCUUAUAUGGUGUAUGCUGCACUUUAAAUGUUUUACGCUGUACAAUUAUUGUACUGAAACCGGUGGAUCUGUUAAAGUUAGGCAUUUAAAUUUUAAAUCUUUUUUCGUUUAAAUUAAAUUUGACUGAAUAUCUUAA